CCACCACCUGGAAUGUCAACCGAUCCACGAUUCCUUUCACCUCGUGGGGAUUCCCGUCUGUUCAGUAGUCCUCGAUUCCCACCCCCUGGAUCUUAUCCAAGUCCGUUCACACCCGCUGCCCGUAUGCAGUUCCCAUGGUCACCUACUCGUAGUCCAUUUCCACCCAGAUUCAACAGUCCUGAUUUCUACACGGGAUCGCCUCGAAAUUCCGGUUCGUUUACUGGAAGCUAUCAGAGCACACCUCGUUCGAGCUAUCAUCAUGACUCUUCUCAGUCGAACUACGUGACUGGGCAGGGACUAACAGAAAUUGAUUCUCACUCGACUAGCUUCGAGUCGGCCCGAUCCAACCGCACCCCGAAUCGAGGACGAAAUGGAGCCUACGCUUCGGAACAACGAUGGUCGCGAGGUGAUCCAAUUACACGAAGUCUUUCUGACCCAUGGGCCCAUCUCACUCCGGUCGCUACUCCGGAACCCGGCUGUCUUGUGGCCAAUCCGCUAGUGCAACGACACACUGUUCUGUUUGCACCACGUGNAUCGACGUCGAAAAGCCGAUCAAGCCGAUUUGGAUAA